UUAGAAAAUAUUUACAGAGAACUGUCUACAGAUAUUGAGGACUUCACUCAUCCUGGUCAUGGUGAUCUGACUGGCUGGGCCAAGCAAGGAGUGCUGCUGCUCAACGCUGUCCUCACCGUGCGGGCUCACCAGGCCACCUCCCACAAGGAGAGAGGCUGGGAGCAGUUCACGGACGUGGUGGUGUCCUGGCUCAACAAGAACUUGCACGGCGUCGUCUUCAUGCUGUGGGGAGCCUAUGCCCAGAAGAAAGGCAGCUCCAUUGACAGGAAACGCCACCACAUCCUGCAGACGGUUCAUCCCUCGCCCCUCUCUGUCAACAGAGGGUUUUUCGGCUGUCGGCAUUUCUCGAAGACAAACGAGUUGCUCAAGAAAUCCGGGAAGAAGCCCAUUGACUGGCGAGCGCUCUGA